AUGGGCGCCGAGGUCGCCCAGAUCAGCGCCUUCACCGCCGCAGCCGCCCACGCGCUCUGCCUCGCCGGCCUCGCGGCCGUCCACUUCCUCGCCGGCCGCGGCGCCCUCGUCUCCGACCCCGCCCACGCGCUCCGCCUCCUCGUGGUCUGUGAGGCGCCGCUUGUCAUCGUGGUGUUCAGUCUGCUCCGGCGAGAUCCCAAACGCUGCUCGUUCCUUAAGGCCGCUGCACGGGGAUUGCUUGGCUUGCCCAUAGGGGCAUUCCUAAAUGCAUUUGGUGCAAUUGUUCUUGGCGCACCUGUUGGAAUCAAGUACUGGAUAGCGACAAUCUAUUGGUCAAGUCUUAUGUCCCUGUUCACUUUUGUUCCAGCAGCAUGUGUCUUUGGAGCAUCCAAAGUGGAUUGGCAGAAUGCGCUUUCUCAUUCUAUUUAUUGCACAUCAUCCAAUGUUGUGGACUACAUGAUCUCUGUGCCUUCUCAUGGAGCUGUAAUAGGAGCGUGGUUUGGUGCUUGGCCUAUGCCCCUUGACUGGGAGAGAUCUUGGCAGGAAUGGCCAAUAUGUGUCACUUAUGGCGCAAUUGCUGGGCAUGUGAUUGGCAUGUUAGUAUCGCUGAUCCUCAUAGUUGCUCACAAGAGAAGAGCUCGUGUCAAGGCUGACUAG